CUUGGCUGCGACUGAGGCUUCACAUGGAGGCUCCAGAGGUUUCCUGCAGGAGAAGCGGACUGUGGGGUCACAUCUGUAUAUAGUGUGGGGGGGUUCAGACCUUGUCUAGUGAUAGUUUUACCACAAAGGUUUCAGCAGGAUAAGGAAGCAAACAGAUCACUAGUGAAGGUUUUAUCACCAUGGAGUUAAGUGAUGCCAACCUGCAAGGCCUGACAGAAUACCUGAGAAAAACGCUGGACCCUGACCCUGCAGUGCGCCGGCCAGCUGAAAAGUAUCUGGAAUCUGUGGAGGCAAAUCUGAACUACCCACUGCUGCUUCUGACCCUGCUGGAGCGCUCCCAGGAUAGUGUCAUCAAGGUGUGCGCCUCAGUCACAUUCAAGAACUACAUCAAGAGGAACUGGAGGAUUAUUGAGGAUGAGCCAAACAAGAUCUGUGAAGCUGACCGUGUGGCUAUUAAAGCCAACAUAGUGAACCUGAUGUUGAGUAGCCCGGAGCAGAUCCAGAAGCAGCUAAGCGAUGCCAUCAGUAUCAUUGGGCGUGAAGAUUUCCCUCAAAAGUGGCCGGAUCUGCUGACUGAGAUGGUGAACAGAUUCCAGAGUGGUGAUUUCCAUGUCAUCAAUGGCGUCCUGCAUACAGCUCACUCUCUGUUCAAGAGGUAUCGCCAUGAGUUCAAGUCUAGCGAGCUGUGGACCGAGAUUAAACUAGUGCUGGACACCUUUGCUUUACCUCUCACCAACCUCUUUCAGGCAACCAUCGGUCUGUGCAAUACUCACGCCAGUGAUGUCAGUGCUUUAAAGGUCCUCUUCUCCUCGCUUAUUUUGAUUGCCAAGUUGUUCUACAGCCUCAACUUUCAGGAUCUGCCUGAGUUCUUUGAAGAUAACAUGGAAACCUGGAUGACAAACUUUCAUAGCCUUCUUACCCUAGACAACAAGCUUCUCCAGACUGAAGACGAGGAGGAGGCCGGAUUAUUGGAGCUGUUGAAGUCACAGAUCUGUGACAACGCAGCGUUAUACGCACAGAAAUAUGAUGAAGAAUUCCAGGCAUACUUGCCACGCUUUGUCACUGCAAUAUGGAACCUGCUGGUGACCACUGGCCAGGAAGUAAAAUACGACCUGUUGGUCAGCAAUGCCAUCCAGUUCUUGGCAUCGGUGUGUGAGCGCCCACACUAUAAGAACCUUUUUGAGGAUCCCAACACAUUGACCAGUAUCUGUGAGAAAGUCAUUGUUCCCAACAUGGAGUUUAGAGCUGCUGAUGAAGAAGCGUUUGAAGACAAUUCUGAGGAAUAUAUUCGGAGGGAUCUAGAAGGAUCUGACAUUGACACCAGACGUCGAGCUGCUUGUGAUCUGGUCCGUGGUUUGUGCAAGUUUUUCGAGGGUCCAGUCACCAACAUCUUCUCCUGUUAUGUGAAUUCCAUGCUCCAGGAAUAUGCCAAGAACCCGACUGUUAAUUGGAAGCACAAAGAUGCUGCUAUCUACCUGGUCACAUCGCUGGCAUCCAAGGCCCAGACACAGAAGCAUGGGAUAACACAAGCCAAUGAACUGGUCAACCUUACAGAAUUCUUAAUCAAUCACAUCCUCCCUGACCUCAAGUCUGCAAAUGUUAAUGAAUAUCCUGUAUUGAAAGCCGAUGGAAUAAAGUACAUCAUGUUCUUCAGAAAUCAGGUUCCUAAAGAGCAGCUGCUUGUGGCCAUUCCUCUGCUGAUCUCUCACCUGCAGGCGGAGAGCAUUGUGGUUCACACGUAUGCAGCUCAUGCACUGGAGCGACUGUUCACCAUGAGAGGAGGUGCUGCCAACACUACCCUCAUCUCUGCUGCUGACAUGUUACCAAACACAGAACAACUUCUGUCCAAUCUGUUCAAGGCACUCUCCCUGCCUGGCUCCUCGGAGAAUGAGUACAUCAUGAAAGCAAUCAUGAGGAGCUUCUCCCUGUUGCAAGAAGCCAUCAUCCCAUACAUCCCAUCAGUCAUACCACAACUUACACAGAAACUACUGGCGGUCAGUAAGAAUCCCAGCAAGCCUCAUUUCAAUCAUUACUUGUUUGAGUCCAUCUGUCUAUCGAUAAGAAUCACCUGCAGAGCCAACCCAACUGCUGUUACCAGCUUUGAAGAGGCGCUGUUCCUGGUCUUCACAGAUAUCCUCCAGAAUGAUGUGCAAGAGUUUAUGCCGUAUGUUUUCCAAGUGAUGUCUCUGCUUUUGGAGAUGCACAAAGAUGACAUCCCCACCUCCUACAUGGCUUUGUUCCCACACCUGCUGCAGCCAGUUCUUUGGGAGAGAACAGGAAAUAUUCCACCCCUGGUGAGACUCUUACAAGCUUACCUCGAAAGAGGAGCACGGACGAUUGCAGCCAAUGCCACCGAUAAAAUACCUGGACUUCUUGGCGUCUUCCAGAAACUCAUUGCCUCCAAAGCAAAUGACCACCAGGGUUUUUAUUUAAUGAACAGCAUUAUUGAACACCUCCCUCUAGAAUGUGUGGAUCAAUACAAGAGACAGAUCUUCAUUGUGCUUUUCCAAAGGUUACAAAACACCAAAACCACCAAGUUUGUCAAGAGUUUCUUGGUCUUCCUAAAUCUUUACUGUGUCAAAUAUGGGGCUGCAGGUUUACAAGAAAUGAUUGACAGCAUUCAGCCCAAGAUGUUUGGGAUGGUUGUAGAAAAGAUCAUUAUCCCUGAAAUCCAGAAAGUAUCAGGGCCAAUAGAGAAGAAAAUCUGUGCAGUUGGUAUAACAAAGUUGUUGACAGAAUGCCCUCAGAUGAUGGAAGCAGAGUACACCAAGCUGUGGACCCCGCUAUUGCAGGCUCUGAUUGGUCUGUUUGAGCUGCCUGAAGAUGACACCAUUCCAGAUGAUGAACACUUCAUUGACAUUGAAGAUACCCCCGGGUACCAAACAGCCUUCUCUCAAUUGGCUUUUGCUGGCAAGAAAGAGCGUGAUCCUAUAGGGGACAUGGUCAGCAAUCCCAAAAUACUCCUGGCACAGUCUCUUCAUAAGUUAUCUGCAUCCUGCCCUGGACAGGUCCCCUCCAUGAUCAGCAGCAGUCUAAAUGCAGAUGCUCUUCAGUUCCUCCAGGGAUAUCUGCAGAUUGCUAGCGUGACAUUGGUGUGAUCCUCUGAAGGGUAAUUUUGGAGUUGUGUAAAGGGUUGCUGCAUGGUCAGUGUAUUGGUGUUGGAUUUUAGGAUGCAGACAUUCUACUUUGGUUAGUGCCACCCCUCCAAGCGCCUGUACUGAAGGCUCCUCAUUGCAGCUCUGAUGGUAAAGAUUCUCGUCUGUGCCCCAUUUAAUAGCAAUUAAUUUAUUGUACAGUUGGAUUUGACUCCCGCCUGCAUCUCUCUGCAAGAAGCACUUACCACAUUGUCACCAUUUAGUCAGUCUCUGCCUCUCUUUUUCUAUGUGUUUAUUUUCCUUCUGAACUGUGAAUAAAUGGAAGCAUUUGCUUAA